AUUGCCUACAAUGUAUUUAACUUUGUUGAUAUUUUGAUUGAAUUAGAACAUUAAUAUAUGAACUAAAACGGACGAAAUACAUGUAGUUUUAUGUAUUGUUUUCACCAAGGAAUGAGAAAAGUAUGGUUCUGAUUUUUGGAAAGCAGUUAAACAAACAGAACUAAAUUACGUGAUUAAACAUAUUAGAUUAAAAACAACAGAGCAUUAUAUAAAGGAAGGAUUAUAUGAUUAAUCAAGAUAUCACCACAUUAAAGAUACACAUGUAUUAAUACUAAAGGAACAACUGUGUACAAGGAUUAAAAUAAAGAUACUAAAUACGUUUAUGAAAGAUAAACAUAGUAGAAAUUAAACAAGAAUAUCAAAUUAUACAGAAAAACAAAGAAUCAUUAUGUCGCCAAUGAUAUUAUAUUUUUCUACUUUUGUAUGGAGCAUGUACAUAACCACAGCACUUAACAUUACACAGAUAUGCCAUCCAAAGUUUGCUGUCUUAGAUGGUCAUUCCGCCUGUAGCCUUCCGUCAUCGGAGCUCAUCGAUGCAGGUGUGUCUGCCGAGGACAGAAAAAUGAUCGUUACAUUUCAUAAUAAAUAUCGCCGCGAGGUGUCGCCACCAGCUACUAACAUGCAGGUCAUUGUUUGGGACGAAGAGAUAGCCAUGAUAGCCCAGCAUUGGGCAGCUACCUGCCCCUCUCCAGAGCGACCCUUAGAUGAAAAUCAUCUACGCGGUAUACCUGGAAGGUUCAACCGACUAGGCCAAAACGCUGCAUUUGGACAAGCGAGUUGGUCGGCUGUGGUUGCAGAAUGGCAUGAAGAACAAAACUUUUUUAUUUACGGUAAACCACCAAAAGGGAAUAAGCGAGUUGGACACUAUACACAGGUUGUCUGGGCGUCAUCGGGUAAAGUGGGGUGCGGUUAUGCUGAAUGCUCCGGAUCAAGAAAGAUCUACAUUUGUAAUUAUGCUUUAGUGGGUAAUGUUGCCAAAUGGAACGACCCCGGGACAAGAUUCAAGCCAUACGAGACUGGCACACCUUGCACUGCGUGCCCUUCUAGGUGUAACGAUGGUUUGUGUGAUUGUAAAGGAAAGGUAUGUCAUAAUGGUGGAAUCUUGAACCCAGAGACUUGCACGUGCACGUGUCCCAAGCUCUAUCACACUGGCGACCUUUGUGAUGUUGACUGCAAACUAGCGACCGAUUCGUUUGGAUGUGCUUCUCAGAACGGCAGCGUUUGGACGGAAGAAGGUUGUAAGACCAUUGGGAAUGCUGGAGAUGAGUGCCCAUUGCAAUGUCAGUCUUGUCCAGCUGGUGGAAUCAACUUCGAUAUAGACCUUUACCUCCAAUCAGUAGAACAUGGGAGAGCCAGAAUAAGCCAUGGCGGAAACGAAACCUCGCGUGCAUCAUUCAUGGGACAUUCAAGAACAACACUUGUAGGAAAUUUGAAUUUCAUCAUAUUAGUAUUAGUAGCCAUAUUCCUCAUGGUUAACCUUUUUUGAAUGUUUGAAUUUAACAUUUUAUUAAAUGACAGAGAUUUAAAAGGUAAGGGUAAAGUAGAGACUCAAACCCUGCACAUAUUUUUUGGUAUCUUAAGUAACAAUGUACAGUAAUAGGAUUCCUGGGUCAUCAUUCAAGUUUCUAGGAAACAUCGUCUCUGCUCUCGCCUCAAGUUGAAUUUCAAAUUUUUGUUCAUUUCUACCACUAACUUAUCUUGAAAUGGAAAUACAGACCUCGGAAUAGAGUGUAGAAAUUGGGAUGUAUUCACAUAUGGGACCCUGACUUUAUUUCUAAAAAAUGUAAAAGGUCACCUUCAAGGAAUUGUCGGCACGAUGAAUCUUUAGAUUUUUUACUUUAGAUAUGAUUUUUACUCACCUAUGUAAAUAGAAUAAUACAUUAGAAUAAUAUGUAUGUAAUGUCGCAAUUUUUGUUAUUUUCUGACUAUGACUUGAUAGACUAUGCUAUUCAAUAAUUUUCUCAGGUUCUGACGCUCUAUAGGUAUCAAUCCG